AUGAGCAAAAUCGCGCAGGCUUCCAAGGUGAUGUGGCACGUAGUCGACGCCAAAGGUCAAGUGCUCGGACGACUAGCGUCACAGCUGGCACCCAUUUUGCGUGGCAAACACAAGCCUACGUACGCUCCCAACGUGGACUGUGGAGAUUAUGUAGUGGUGAUUAAUGCCAAGGACAUUGUGCUCACAGGAAACAAGUGGAAUAAGAAGCUAUAUCGCUGGCAUACAGGCCAUCCAGGUGGUCUCAAGCAGCGUACGGCUAAGGAGCAGUUUGAACGCAAGCCUGAGGAGGUGCUGCGCAAGGCAGUGUUUGGUAUGUUGCCUCGGAAUCGCAUGCGCGCGCUGCAGGACAAGAAGCUUAAGAUCUUUAUGGGCGAGACACACGAAUUUGUUGGCCAAGUGGGUGAAAACCCAGUCAUUUUGUAG